UCAAAUAAUUUUAAUCUUUUGGAUACUUCGGAAGGUUUUUUUUCAGCAGACGCGCACUUGUCACCUUGACGACACUCAAAGCUUCAAAAUGGCAGGUAAAGGUACUACAAUUAAGGAGGCUCUACAGAAAUGGGAGGAAAAAAUGGGAGUAAAAGCCUCAGAGUCAAAGGAAGUGAAAAUAUUUGGUCAGAUUCCUCCCAUUGAGAAAAUGGAUGCCUCCCUUUCCACACUGGCUAGCUGCGAAAAAUUGUCAUUAUCCACAAACUGCAUUGAAAAAAUUGCCAACUUAAAUGGUUUGAAAAAUUUGAAAAUAUUAUCACUUGGGAGAAACAACAUCAAAUCCCUCACAGGUUUGGAAGCAGUCGGUGACACACUUGAAGAAUUGUGGAUAUCAUAUAACAACAUAGAAAAGCUUAAGGGAAUCAAUGUCCUCAAAAGACUGAAGGUCCUGUAUAUGUCAAAUAACCAAGUGAAAGACAGUAAUGAAUUUGGCAAACUGGCUGAUUUACCUGUGCUAGAAGAGUUGGUGUUUGUGGGAAAUCCCCUAGAGGAGAAGGAGACAGCAGAGGGAACAUACAGAGACAAUGUGGCCAAGAAACUCCCAAAACUCAAAAAGCUUGAUGGUGUGCCUGUCAUUCGUGAAGAAGCUGAAGAUGAAGGGGAUUCAUGAACAUAACAUUCAUAAAAUCUGUAAUUUUGGAGCUUACAAAAGAAAAGGACUUGAGCAAACUGGCCCAAUAAUAUGAACAAAAUUGAAAAAAAAAAUUUUCAGACUGUGCUGUUUUUUAUCUGACUGCAGUAUUUAUUUAUUUUAUUGUUACAACAUUUAAGUAAAUUGUCAUAUUAGUAGUAGUAUGUUGAACCAUAUAUAACAUUAUUAAUUUAUUAUGCAAACCCCCCAAAAAAACUGAUGAGUUAGAAUAUACUUUUGAGGAAAGAAACAACAAAACUGAAGUAAGGUUCUUUAAUUGUCUACUUGUUAUAAAAAUGGUUGUUAUAUUUUUAUAUUGACUACUUAUAACUCAUGAAAAAUCAAUAAAUUCUUUAAAAAUUUA